AUGUCUGAAUUUCAUUCACUUGCCAACCUCAUAAAGAGACUUGAGGUAGCUACGACACGUUUAGAAGACUUGGCUAUGUCUUCAUCGUCAGCUACUACAGUGGUAGCCAACAUGCCUUCAUCACCCCAAAAGGUACCUGCCACUGUUACUUCUACAGCAGCGCCUGUCAAUACCGAGACCUCACCUAUGGUUGAAAAGCACGAUGCUGCUGUCAACAGUUUUGUCGAGAAAUACAUGUCUUUAUCACAAGAGAUUGGUGGUGUUGUCGCUGAACAAUCACGAUUGGUUAAAGAAGCACUUAAUGCCGAAAGAGAUAUUGUUCAAAUCUCUACCAUGGCGCAAAAGCCAGAUAUGGCAUCGUCUACUUUUAUGAAACUUCUAGAACCUAUCCAAAAGGCUAUGACCGCUAUUAUGGAAAUUAAGGAUGCUAACCGUCCUGACCCUCUUUUCAACCAUUUGAGCACAGUUGCUGAAGGUAUUCCUGCCUUGGGUUGGUUCACUUGCGAACCUACGCCAGUACCUUUCAUUCGCGAUAUUAAGGAUGCUGCACAAUUUUAUUCUAAUCGUGUCAUUAAGGAGUUUAGAGAGAAAGAACCUAUGCAUGUUGAAUGGGUCAAGGCUUUCUUGGGUAUUAUUGAAAACUUGGCAGCUUAUGUGAAAGAAAAUUUCCCUACAGGUUUGUCGUGGAACGCCCAAGGAGAAAAAGCCGACACUUAUAUUGGAAAAUUACCUUCCUCCACUGCCAAUAAUACUAACACAUCCACCGUUGCGCCACCUGCCCCAUCUGUACCAUCGGCUGGGGCUCCUCCACCACCUCCACCUCCACCACCACCUAUGAUGCUCGAUGACAAUGACAAUAAGUCAGCUCCUCAGCCCUCUGGAGCCGCCGCUGUUUUUGCCGAAAUUAAUCAGGGCUCUUCCAUCACUUCGCACUUACGUAAGGUCGACAAGAAUGAGAUGACUCACAAAAACCCCAAUUUGCGUGCUAACUCCUCCGUAAAUGUUGCUGCACCCUCAUCACCUAAACGCCAAGGCCCUCCCACACCCAACAAACCCAAUAAAUACACCAUCAAGAAGCCUGCGAAGACCUCUCUAGAAGCCAAUAAAUGGGUCAUUGAAAAUCAUGAAAACAACCACGAAAUCGUUUUAGAAGAAACUGCUAUGAACCAAUCUGUCUACAUUUACAAUUGUAAAAACUCUACGAUUCGUAUUAAAGGUAAAGUUAACGCUGUUACCAUUGACUCUUGUGCAAAGACUGGUGUUGCAUUAGACUCUACUGUAGCUACGGUAGAUUUGGUAAACUCCAAGUCAUUCGCCCUUCAAGUGUUCAAAGUUGUUCCUACAAUUGCCGUUGAUAAGUGCGAUAGCGGUGAAAUCUAUCUUUCCAGAGAAUGUUUGGAUGUGGAAAUCUUGUCAGCUAAAUCAUCUUCGCUGAAUAUUUUGGUGCCUGAAUCUGAUGCAGAAGAUAGUGAAUUUAAGGAAAUGCCUGUCCCUGAACAAUUGAAGACAACUAUUGUUGAUGGUAAACUUGUCACUGCCACUGUAGAGCACGCUGGUUAA